AAGUGGAAAUAGAGAAAAACAUGGCUGACAAGGAAGCGCAUGGUUAAAUAUAAACUUUGUGCAAUAUUUCGUGUCUCUAUCUCUUGAUGCAACACAGUGUAGGCUAGUUUGCCAUGGCUUCAAAUGAUGUACAGAAAUAUUUAGACGACUUUCCGUCUUUGGUUUUGGACAAGGAAAAACAGCGGAUCAGAUGCAGAUUUACAAAUCAUGAGAUGCCAGCAACUGUCAGUGCUCUUGAGAGUUAUGUGAAGGGGAAAAAGUUCAGAAAGGCUUCAGAGCACCGUGCAUACAACUACCAGCAGUAUCAACCACACCUCAUGCCUAGUACCAAGAAAAAACAUUUGCAUGAACUGUUUUGUAAGCUGACUCUCAGACACAUUGGCCGAGCUCCCCAAGACGUUGAAAGGCAUGUCAAAGGAAAAAAGUUCAAGAAGGCUCUUGCGAGAUGGGAGACGUGUCAAAAGACCGGUGAGAAGUUUGUUCCUCGGGCCGGUGGUCGGCAGCCGACUGGUGGCACGUCAGACAGCGACAGUGUCGGGGGCGGAGACAACUACUGGGACGAUGAUAACAGUGACAACGAUGAUAAUGAUGACAUGAGUGAUUUAUAUCCAGAUGAAAUUUUUAAGCAAGGCAAGGCUGGUGAUGCUAAUUCUGAUGAUGAUGAUGAUGAUGAUGACAUUGAUGACUCACCUGGUACUGAUGAGGAUAAUGGUCAGAAUGAUGAUGCAACCCCUCCUAAGAGGCCAAAACAAAACACUAGCAAACAGAAAAAGACAAAGAAAGAAAAAUUAAAGAAUGUGGUGGAGGAGAACGAGGAAGGCGAAGAGGAUUCGGAUUACGACAUGGAUGUUUUAAAUUCUGGCAAAAGGAAUUCAGACUCUGAAGAGGUCGGAGUGUCUUCAGCAUCAACUUCAGUUCCCAGCUCAACUCACAAAUCAGAAAAAGCUAAGAGCAACAAGAGGCAGCAUCCUAAGAAACCUUCAAAUGUUGGGAUUGUUCCCGGUGCCAAGAAAAAAAAAGUUUCGCUUUGAGAGAGGAGUCCAUUAUUAAAAUCACAUAAAACUACUGCCUUUGCUUAUUCUGUAUUUAUUACGUUUUAUCUUCAGUUGUGUUGAAAUACAGUGGAAUCUGCGGGACUGCUGGAUUUCUUUAGGUUUAGCUGUUUUCAGUUUUUGUUGAUAGAUUACUCAUAAUAUAUAGCACUGAAAAAUAUUGGGGAUUCUAUUUUCUUUUGUUAACUGCUGUUUUCAGAGUUGCCAUUUUCUAUUUAAGCGUACUCCAUUGUAUAUAUAUAUAUGAUAUCGUAUUCAAAGACAAGAUUGUUUCUAA